AUGACGUCACAUGUACCAACGGCUGCUGUAGGACCAAUCCGUGUGUCAAUGGAGGAACCUGCACUGAGAUCUGUGAGCCCACAAGCGUUCGUGUUCUGCGAUUUUAAUUCAGAGCCUGAGUUCGCUUGGAAUUUGAUUGAAUCAUUCAGUUUGUCCAAUAAACACCGUUUCCAGAAUAACAUCACGUUUUACGAUGACUACCAAGCCAUCAGCGGUGAUGCCCCAAACUGGCAGGCCUACCUCAUCAAACGACCCUACCCUCUUUGGCUCAUAAAUCACUCGACUCACUGGAGAGCUACUUGUCGAUAUAACACAGAUGGCACCCUAUAUACAGAUUACCUGAGAGCCUCGCUUGAAGACUUUGACAUUAUCAUAGACCAACCCAUGAUGAUAAAGGUCUGUUGGCCAUACGAAUAUGUCAACAUCCGGGGAAACGAGUGUGUGAACUGUACUGCACGGACAUGGUAUAAGAAAGGAGAUUACCCUCUCCAUAUCGAUAGUUAUUACCAGGUUGGCUGUGAUUUCGAUGGAAGCAGAACAGACCCAGCUUUAGUCACCGACGACAGCUUUGGUUUUUACCUCGACAUAAAUUCUAAAUUCUGUUGUACUUCAAGUGACAGUGACACUACCCAGUUAUGGAUCGGGAGCAAGUAAUUUUCUCAUCUCAGAACACGCCUGUAGUUUUCACACAAGGAGGCUUAAAAAUCAUCUGGACAUGGCUACCUUUAAAAUGUAAUCAGUUUUUUAGUUUACCGCACACCUGAUCAUAGUUUUGC